UUUGUAAAAAUAAAUCGUUGUAGCUGGAAUUAUUCUCACUCAGUAUCUCGUCUAUUCUGGUAGUUGUGCAAUUCUUGUUCCGUGUGAAUACGAUCACAAGGAUAUUUACAGACUGUGUUAUAGGGACUGUGAUUUAUGCUGAAAGAUUUUUUAGUUUUUACAUUUGCAGUCGUUCAAUUUGAUCGGUAUAUACACGGUAGUAUCCAAGUAUGGCAACAAUAACAAACCGUUUCAUACACGGAUAGCAUGUUGUGAUUAUCGGAGGCGGAUCAAUAUUCUUUUUAAAACCUGUACGGGAUCAGCGUGGGUAGUACUGCCUUCACCAUGAGCUGUCCACAGUUUGGUUUAAUGUCUAUGCCUCACAGCCGGAGUGUCCCACUGAAGAAAGCCGAUGUACAGGUGUCCAUCCGCGGAUUUAUCGCCAAUGUUAAGUCGGACCUCCAUUACGUGAACGACACUGACGAGAACAUGGAGACCGAGUUCGUGUUUCCACUGGAUACGGAUUCGGCGGUCUACAAGUUUGAGGCCGAGAUAGACAACAGGACUAUAGUAGCAGAGAUUCAGGAAAAAUCCCAGGCUAAACAGACAUACCAGGAUGCUGUUGAAUCGGGUUAUACUGCAAUGUACAUGGGAGAAGAUGACGAAGCUGGCGACAUAUUCCGUGUUAGACUCGGAAAUCUUCCUGCCAAAAUGGCGGCUAAGCUGACGUUUUCUUACGUUCAAGAAUUGGAUUUGAGUUCUGAUCAGACUGGGAUAUUUAUGCUUCCGACUGUGCUUAAUCCUCGAUAUGCACCCGACUGCUCACCAACUGAUGAUUCAAAAUCGGAAGAAUGUCAAGAGACAACGUUAGACAUGAUACUGUCUGAAGUAGAAACACUGUAUUAUUCUGAUUUCACAAUGACCUUGGAAACUAUUGUCGCUGGAGGAAAAAAUCUGAUGUUGUCCGAGAACAAAAUGGAGUUUGACAUCUUGGCUGAUAUUAUUGAGAAUAACAUGAGCUUAUCGAAACAACUGAAGCCUGGUUCUGACUUUUCGAUUGUAUUACAUUACAAAGGUUUUGAGAAACCAGGAACGAUUUUUGAGAAGGGCAUAAAAGACAGUAAAAAUGGGUUCUUGUCGUCCGAUGUAUUGAUGAUCAAUUUUUCGCCGGAAUUUAAGGAGCUGGAUACGGAAUUGCCCUGUGAAUUUGUGUUUGUGAUAGACCGUUCAGCAUCGAUGACUGGUGACCGCAUUGAGAAAGCCAAAGAAACAUUAUUGUUGUUGCUGAAAAGUCUGCCUGUUACCUGCAUAUUCAAUAUUGUCAGUUUUGGAACAAAAUUUUCGACUUUGUUUUCAAAGAGUAAAUCGUAUAAUGAGAAAAAUCUGGAAAAAGCUAUGCAUCUUCAGAGGAAAAUGGGGGCAGAUAUGGGAGGAACAGAAAUUUUCAAGCCAUUGGAAAAUGUUUUCAAGAACAAGCCUUCAGGUUCUUAUGCUAGACAAGUAUUUUUGCUGACAGAUGGACAGGUUAGCAGGGUAUCAAAAAUAGUACAGUUGGUGAAGGAGCAGAAAAACACAAGGGUGUUUACGUUUGGCAUUGGGGAUGGAUGUUCGACGGAAUUGAUACGGAAUGUCGCCAAAGUAAGCAAUGGAAAAGCAACAUUUGUGAAAGAUGAUGAUCGACUGCAGUCAAAGGUUAUGUCCGCUCUGAGAUGCAGUGUGCAGGGUGGAAUUGCUGAUGUGUCCUUAACAUGGACUCUUCCUGAGGGUUGCACAGUCAUAAAUGCUCCUGAUGAAGUAACCUUCGUUUUUCCUGGAGAAAGACUAAUCUUGUAUGCAAUCAUUUCCGGUGAUAUUCCGAAGGACUUCUCGGGCAAAACCAGUUUGAUGUUAACUGGUAAAGUCGGCGAAAAGAAUGUUAGUUUUUCUAUGGAGUUUGAUAUGGACUCAUGCACUCAUGCCGAUGAUUCUUGCCCGCUUCACAUACUUGCUGCUAAGUCCAAACUGGCUGAGAUGCAACUGAUUAUGGCUGACGAAAAUGCGAUGGUUGCACUAAGCACUGCCAUAAAUGUCCCCUGCAGAUAUACGGCGUUUGUUGGCGUGGAUAAAACGAUGAGAACAGCUUUGACUUCUCAGGAUGUCGAAAUGGAGCAAUGCAGCAACGAAUCAUUCAAUCUGUCUUCUUACAAUUUAACAUCACCAAAGUCUAAACCUAACUCAGGAUUUGGAGAUAAGUUUGUUAAAAAAAUUUCAAAUAUAUUCUCCAAAAAGUCAAUGCACACAAAAGAUGCGCACGUAUCUAGGCAUGGACCAAAACGUAAGAAAUCUGCGUCAAGAAAAGGAUCCGUCGAACGCUCAGAGUCUUCAACCUCCCCUGGUGCAUUGCCUUACAUGGUUCCUCCGAGACAAUAUAUGAUGUACUGUGCCAUCUUUGAUGAUCCAGACCCGGUGAUACCCUCGAGUUCUUGUGGAUUGGAGAGUUCGACGACGGAUCUUUCAAGAGAUUCGGACCUGAAGCUGUCCGGAAUGGUGGAUGGAAUGCUAGAUAUGGAUGAAGAUGAUGAACCUGCAGAUGUUGUGAAAAGCACUGAUGACAGCAUUUGGAAAAUGAUGCAGCUGGUUAAGGAACAGAAAUUUGAUGGCUCUUGGCAGUUAGACAGCUUAUUAAAGAUAAUAAAAAAGCCAGAGGAAGAAAUAAAGGAAUCAGCAGUGGUUAAGGACACAGACCUGUGGGCCACAGCUCUUGCUAUUGCAUUCUUAAGAAAAGAAUUGCCAGACAAAAAGGACGAGUGGGAAAUGUUAGUGGAGAAAGCACUGAAAUGGAUGAAGACUAGGAACGCGGAGGGCAAAGAUGUCGUGCAAGAAGCCAUGACAUUUCUAUUGACAUGACAUUUAUCAAGCUUUAUUAUCUUUUUUAUUUUUAGUAGCCCAUAUCCAUCUACAGUAACAGUUAGUACUAAUGAAUUUUGAAACCUUGUGUAAAUGUGUAAAUGAUAUUUUAUCGUGGUGGAAUACUUUGUAGGCAUUUUCGCUAUUCGUUUAUCAUACAGAACUACAGGGAAUCCUGAAAAUCUUCAGAGGGGAGCUACGAUUUCAAUAUCAUUUCCGAAGUGAAUUGCUGUCCCCUAAAUGUUGUUUUAAAAAUUGCAGUCUGGGGUAAAAUUCUCCAAUUAUUACA